AAGCUGGCCCUGUGUGCCACCCAUCACAGGGACUGGGGUGUGGACUCAUUCUUCAGGGGACCAAGAAAUGACUACCUCUUUAAUUUCAGCUCCUCCCAUUGCUGCCUAGAAUGUGACUAUGGGGAAGAAAGUGGCCAUCAUUGGAGCUGGUAUCAGUGGUUUGGCUUCCAUCAGGAGCUGUCUGGAGGAGGGGUUAGAGCCCACCUGCUUUGAGAUGAGCGAUGACAUCGGGGGACUGUGGAAAUUUUCAGACCACGCAGAGGAGGGCAGAGCGAGCAUUUACCAGUCGGUCUUUACCAACUCUUCCAAAGAGAUGAUGUGCUUUCCAGACUUCCCAUUCCCUGAUGACUUCCCCAGUUUUAUGCAUAACAGCAAGCUGCAGGAAUAUAUCACGACAUUUGCCAGAGAAAAAAACCUCCUGAAAUACAUACAGUUUAAGACACUUGUAUCCAGCAUAAACAAACAUCCUGAUUUCUCAGUGACUGGCCAAUGGUAUGUUACCACUGAAAGGAAUGGUAAGAAAGAAACCGCUGUCUUUGAUGCUGUAAUGAUUUGUUCUGGACACCAUGUGUAUCCCAACCUACCAAAAGACUCCUUUCCAGGGCUAAAGCACUUUAAAGGUAAAAGCUUUCACAGCAGGGAGUAUAAGGAACCAGGAACAUUCAAGGGAAAGCGUGUUCUGGUGAUCGGCUUGGGGAAUUCUGGCUGUGAUAUUGCCACAGAGCUCAGCCACACAGCUGAACAGGUGGUCAUCAGCUCCAGAAGUGGCUCCUGGGUGAUGAGCCGAGUCUGGGAUGACGGUUAUCCUUGGGACAUGUUGUAUGUCACUCGGUUUCAAACGUUCCUCAAGAACAACUUGCCAACAGCCGUCUCUGACUGGUGGUACGUGAAGCAGAUGAACGCAAAGUUCAAGCAUGAGAACUACAGCCUGAUGCCUUUAAAUGGAACCCUGAGGAAAGAGCCUGUGUUCAAUGACGAUCUCCCAGCUCGCAUUCUCUGUGGCACUGUGUCCAUCAAGCCCAACGUGAAGGAGUUCACAGAGACCUCGGCCAUUUUUGAGGAUGGGACCGUGUUCGAGGCCAUCGACUGUGUCAUUUUUGCAACAGGCUAUGGUCAUGCCUACCCUUUCCUUGAUGACUCCAUCAUCAAAAGCGAAAAUAAUAAGGUCACCUUGUUCAAAGGGAUCUUUCCUCCACAACUGGAGAAGCCAACCAUGGCAGUGAUUGGCCUCGUCCAGUCUUUAGGGGCUGCCAUCCCCACAACUGACCUCCAGGCCCGCUGGGCAGCCCAAGUUAUAAAGGGAACUUGUACUUUGCCUCCUGUGAAAGACAUGAUGAAUGAUAUACAUGAGAAAAUGGGAACAAAGCUGAAAUGGUUCGGCAAAAGCGAGACGAUACAGACGGAUUACAUCAACUACAUGGAUGAACUGGCCUGCUUCAUUGGGGUGAAGCCUAACAUUCCCUGGCUGUUUCUCACAGAUCCCAGAUUGGCUCUGGAAGUUUUCUUUGGCCCUUGCAGCCCUUACCAGUUUAGGCUGGUGGGCCCCGGGAAAUGGCCGGGGGCCAGACAUGCAAUCCUGACGCAGUGGGAUCGGACGCUGAAACCCAUGAAGACGCGCGCUGUGGGACACCUUCAGAAGCCUUCCUUGUUUUCCCCUUGGCUCAAGCUCCUUGCUAUUGCUGCACUCGUAAUUGCUGCUGUCCUUGUGUUCUAAUCAUCGUUCCCUCUAGGAUUUCUGAAAGUUAUAAGCAAAUACCAAGAAAAACUGUACUAUUUAAAAAUGAAAAUGUUCAUCCAUCCUACUGUCCUAUUCAGAAUCUUAACCGAUAAAUCUGUAUUACUAGAUUUUAAUAUACACCCAUAUAUUGGGGUGGUCUUGUGGUGCAGCAGGUAGAGCCACUGCCUGUGAAGCCAGUGUCCAUAAGGGUUCUGUCCCAGCUGCUGCUCUUCUGAUUAGCUCCCUACUAAUAGCCUGGGAAAGGAAGCAGAAGAUGGUCCAAGUGUUGGGAACCCUGCCACUCAUGUGAGGAGACCCAGAUAAAGCUCUUGGCUCCUGGCUUUAGCCUAACUCAGCCCUGGCCAUUGUUCCCAUUUGGGGAGGAACCAGUAAAUGGAAGAUUUCUUGCUCUGUCUGUCUCUCCUUCACUCUUGGUAAUUCUUUCAAAUAAAUAAAUCUUUUAAAAACUAAGCCAAUAUAUUUAUCAUGAUCUAAAAAGGAUAAAAAUUAUAGCUCUUUUGGUUCCAUUAA